AGCCACUGCAUAUCUCUCCAAUGCAAAACCCCACCACCAUUUCCCUCCAAUUUUUGGCAAUCAUCUGCAACUUGCACGUCAAUGGGGGUUCCCCAACCUAUUCAGAGUGAUGCUUUGCUCUUUGAUGGUUGCUGUUCCAUGUGCAAAACCAAGUUUAGGAGUUGAGGUUGAGGCCUUAAAGGCCUUCAGGAGUUCUGUCAUUGAUGAUCCAUUAGGAGCACUUGCAGAUUGGAAUGAGGCAAGUCACCACUGCAACUGGACUGGUAUUGCCUGUGAUCCUUCCUCUGGUGGUGUCAUUUCGAUUUCUUUGGUCGAUAAGCAGCUCAGAGGAGUGAUAUCUCCAUUUCUCGGAAACCUUUCCAACCUCCAGGUUCUUGACUUAACUUUGAAUUCAUUCUCAGGGCAGAUUCCUGCUCAACUAGGACAAUGCUCUCAUCUUUCUGUACUAACUCUUUACUAUAACUCUCUUUCGGGUCCCAUUCCGUCUGAAUUAGGAAACCUUAGAAAUCUACAAUCAAUAGACUUUGGUGAUAACUCUUUGAAUGGAACCAUUCUUGAUAGCAUUUGCAACUGCACUUCCUUGUUAUCUCUUGGCCUUGAUUCUAACAAUCUCACAGGCACAAUCCCAAAAGACAUAGGAAACUUGGCUAAUCUUCAGCUUCUUGCAGCAUUUAGAAAUGAUUUGGUAGGUUUAAUACCUGCAUCCAUAGGUAGGUUGGGAGCUUUGCAAGCUUUUGAUCUGAGUCAAAACCAAUUGUCUGGAGUAAUACCUCCACAGAUUGGGAACAUGUCCAGCUUAGAGCAACUUCUUCUUUUCGAGAACUCACUUGUAGGACAGAUCCCAUCUGAACUUCGGCAUUGUAUGAAUCUUUUCCAGUUAGAGCUCUAUAAAAAUCAGUUCACGGGAAGCAUACCCUCCGAGCUGGGAAAUCUGGUUCAUUUGCAGAUGUUAAGAUUAUACAAGAAUAAGUUGAAUUCCACAAUCCCUUUGUCCUUAUUCCAAUUAAAAUCAUUAAGGCAUUUAGGACUCUCAGAGAAUGAGUUAACUGGAACAGUACCUCAAGAGCUUGGAUCUUUGAGAUCCUUAGAAGUUCUAACCCUGCAUUUUAACAAGUUCACUGGUGAGAUUCCUUCAUCAUUGACAGAUUUGACUAACUUGACUUAUCUGUCUUUGAGCUUCAAUUCCCUCACAGGAAUACUUCCACAGGAUAUUGGUAAGCUUUACAAGCUGAAGAACCUGAGCAUAGACGCUAACCUUCUUGAGGGAUCCAUUCCUCCUAGUAUCAUUAAUUGUACCAAUCUUCUAUCAAUUGCAUUAACCAACAACAGGUUAACUGGAAAGAUCCCCUUUGGUUUAGGCCGGUUGCCAAAUCUAACGGUCCUAUCUAUUGAGCAAAAUCAGAUAGCCGGUGAAAUCCCUGAUGAUCUCUUCAACUGCUCAAAUCUUGUUUCCCUACGUUUGAGAUUUAACAAUAUCACUGGAUUGCUAAAACCAGCCAUUGGAAAACUCCAAAAUCUCCGGGUUCUGAGAGUUGCCUUCAAUUCCUUUGUAGGGUCAAUUCCACCAGAGAUUGGCAAUUUAGGCCAACUCAUAAUCGUAUCCCUCUCUGGAAAUAGGUUCACAGGCCUAGUUCCACCAGAAAUAUCAAAGCUUUCUCUCCUUCAAGGACUUGACUUGCAUACCAAUUCUCUAGAGGGUUUAAUCCCUGAGAAAAUUUUUGAGCUGAAGCAGCUGACCUCUCUUGACUUGCACAGCAACAGGUUGAUAGGUCCCAUUCCAAAUAACAUCUCAAAACUGGAGUUUCUUACAUACUUGGACCUCAGUGAUAACCUGCUUAAUGGGUCCAUCCCAAAAGGCAUGGAGUGUCUAUUUCGGCUUAUGUCCUUGGAUCUUUCUCACAACCAUCUCAUAGGACCAAUUCCUGGAUCUGUAAUUGUGGGUAUGAAAACCAUAUCGGUGUAUCUGAACUUUUCAUACAAUUUCUUGGAAGGAAGUAUUCCGCAUGAGCUUGGUAUGCUGGCAAUGGUUCAAGCCAUUGACAUCUCAAACAAUAAUCUGUCAGGUGUCAUUCCUGAGACACUGGAAGGCUGCAGGAAUUUGUUCUUUCUUGAUCUUUCAGGGAACAAACUUUCUGGUCCAAUUCCGGAGGAGGCUUUUACUCAUAUGGAUAUGCUAACCAGCUUGAAUCUUUCACAAAAUAUUUUAGGUGGUGAAAUCCCUGAAAACUUGGCAAAGUUGGACCACCUAAGGUCUCUAGACCUUUCUCAGAACAAAUUGAAUGGCAGCAUCCCUGAGAGCUUUGCCAAUCUUUCUACAUUGAGACGUUUGAAUCUUUCAUUCAAUCAACUUGGAGGCCGAAUUCCAGAGAGUGGAAUAUUUCGAAACAUCAGUUCAUCAAGUUUGGAAGGAAAUCCGGCGCUCUGUGGAACCAAAUUUCUCAUGCCAUGCAGCAGCAAAAAAAGCUCCCACCUACUUUCAAAGAAGAUGUGUGCCAGGAAGAGGAAAACGAAAAAAGUUGAAAAUCCAGGACCAGAGAUCAUGUUGCCAGUGAUGCUGAAAAGGUUUGAUAAAAAGGAAUUAGAAAAUGCUACUUGUUCCUUCGGGGAAGGUAAUAUUAUUGGAGCAAGCAGUUUGAGUACAGUGUACAAGGGUCAACUGGAAGAUGGCCAGCUGAUAGCUGUAAAGAAAUUGAAUUUGAAGCAGUUCUCCAAAGAAUCCGACAAGUGCUUCAACAAAGAAGUAAAAAACUUGAGCCACUUGAGGCACAGAAAUCUGGUGAAGGUUCUCGGCUAUGCCUGGGAGAGUGAGAAACUAAAGGCUGUGGUUCUUCAGUACAUGGAGAAUGGGAGUCUGGAGAACAUUAUACAUGGAUCAGCAGCAGAGCUUUCAAGGUGGACAUUAUCUGGGAGAAUUGAUCUUUGUGUUUCAGUUGCUACCGCGUUGGAUUACUUGCAUUCUGGUUAUGACUUCCCAAUUGUGCACUGCGAUUUGAAGCCUUCAAAUAUACUUCUGGAUGGAGAUUGGGUUGCAAAUGUAAGUGAUUUUGGAACAGCUCGAAUGCUUGGUGCUCAUCUACAGGAUGGAAGCAGCCUUUCCUCAUCAUCGGCUUUUGAAGGCACUAUUGGCUACUUGGCACCAGGUAAACUUUCAAUCAGAAAUCAGAAACCACAUGAAUUACAGGUCACCACCAAAGUCGAUGUGUUCAGCUUUGGCACAAUCAUGAUGGAGUUCCUAACAGGACGAAGGCCAACAGGACUUGCAGAAGAAAAUGGGCUUCCAAUCAGUUUGCGUCAGCUAGUCGAGAAAGCUCUGGCCAACAGAAUCAAUGGACUUCUUCAAGUUUUGGACCCUAAGUUAGUUCCACACAUCCUCACCAAGGAGCAAGGGGAAAUCCUGGAAGAACUCUUCAAACUAGCCCUGUUUUGCACCUGCCCUGAUCCUGAGCUCAGACCUAACAUGAAUGAAGUCCUGUCUUCCCUUCUCAAGCUAAAAGUUAGAAACUAGAAAGUAUCAAGAAUGGAAGGGACAGAGAAAUGCUGAAGGACAUAAUAAAAAUCUACUUUUAUG